UGUUUGUUUUUUUAUUUCAGGCUGACACGGCAAAGCUUUUCUCCGAGAUUUCACAAGAGUACCUGGGAUUCCCGUCCACUGAGGGCACCAACAUGUCCGCCUCCUUUGGUCAUUUAGCGGGGGGAUAUGAUGCUCAGUAUUAUGGAUACAUGUGGAGUGAAGUAUUCUGUAUGGACAUGUUCUACACUCGCUUCAAGAAGGAGGGCAUCAUGAGUCCAAAAGUGGGCGGGGAUUACAGAAGGUGUAUAUUACAUCCAGGAGGAUCAAAGGAUGCAUCUGACAUGCUGCGUGACUUCCUGGGUCGUGACCCCACACCAGAAGCGUUCCUCAUCAGCAAAGGCCUCAACCCUAAGGCGUGAAAUCGGUUAUUUAUAAACAUUUGUGAUAAACAGAGAUUACACCACUAAACUUUACUUUCAACAUGAAUCAAUUCUUCCGGUGUACAAAAACAAAAUAUAUAAUAACAAACAAGUCACUCAAUGUAGCUUUAAUCUAUUCACUAUGAAAAAAGUUGUACAAAUAGUUGUGAUGAGUUGAGGUUGACAUAUCUUGAUGAUUGACA